AUGAGCGGCCUCCUCUCCUUCCUCCUCCUCCUCCUCCUCCUCUUCCUCAGCACCGGCCUCGCCGCGGGGGGGGACCCCCGGGAGGGAGGUGUCGCCGAGCCGUCGCGGGUGAGGUUCAGCCUCCGCUCGUCAUCGGCGGCCUCCGAGGAUGAAGGCUGCGAGCUGGCCGUGGGGCCCGGCGGGAGCCUGGCCGAGUGCGGCUUCAACGCGACGGCCAAGAGCUUCUUCAUCAUCCACGGCUGGACGAUGAGCGGCAUGUUCGAAACGUGGCUGGGCAGCCUGGUGGCGGCCCUGCAGGAGAGGGAGAAGGACGCCAACGUGGUGGUGGUGGACUGGCUCGCGCUCGCCCACCAGCUCUACACGGACGCGGUGAACAACACGCAGCUCGUCGGGAAGAGCAUAGCCAGGCUGCUCGACUGGUUACAGGAGAACCCCCUCUUCAAGCUCGACAACGUCCACCUGAUCGGGUACAGCCUGGGCGCCCACGUCGCUGGCUUCGCUGGUAACCACGUCCGGGGGACAAUUGGCAGAAUUACAGGCUUGGAUCCAGCCGGCCCGAUGUUUGAAGGAGUGGACCCCAGCAAGCGCCUCUCCCCUGACGAUGCCAGCUUUGUGGAUGUCCUGCACACCUACACGAGGGAAACGCUAGGUGUUAGCAUCGGGAUCCAGAUGCCCGUUGGCCACGUUGACAUCUACCCCAACGGGGGUGACUUCCAGCCCGGCUGUGGAUUAAGCGAUGUCUUAGGAGCAAUUGCCUAUGGGACACUUGGUGAAGUUGUUAAAUGUGAGCACGAGCGGUCUGUGCACCUGUUUGUGGACUCCCUCGUGAACCAAGAUAAACAAAGCUUCGCGUUUCAAUGUACUGAUUCCAGUCGCUUCAAGAAGGGAAUCUGCCUGAGCUGCCGGAAGAACCGCUGCAGCGGCAUUGGCUACAAUGCCAGGAGAACGCGGAACAAAAGAAACAGCAAGAUGUACUUAAAAACAAGAGCUGACAUGCCGUUCAAAGUCUACCAUUACCAGAUGAAAAUGCACGUCUUCAGCUACAAAAGCUUGGCGGAGGCCGACCCCACUUUCUCCGUCACCCUUCACGGCACCAACGGAGACUCCGAACCCCUCUCCUUAGAGAUGCUGGAUCAAAUCGGCCUAAAUGCUACUAACACCUUCCUGGUCUAUACCGAAGAGGACAUGGGGGAGCUCUUAAAAAUCAAGCUCACCUGGGAGGGCACGUCUCAGUCGUGGUACGAUCUGUGGAAAGAGCUGAAGAGUUACUGGUAUCGGCCAGCCAAGGUUUCCCAGGAACUGCACAUCAGGAGGAUACGCGUGAAGUCGGGGGAAACGCAACAGAGGUUUGCUUUCUGCGUAGAGGACUCCCAGCUGACCAGCAUAUCUCCUGGUAAAGAGCUCUGGUUUGUCAAGUGCGCAGACGAUUGGAAAAAAAGAUCUGUCUCAAACUUGCUCUGAAGACUUCCCUGAAGACUUCCAGCGGAGCGACCUAGAUGCACGAGGACCACAGCGGUGGGAAGAUGCUCUGGCAACAACCUGGCUUGGUAGCACUUAAAGCAAAUAGCUUUUUGAGACAAAACCUCUUGAACCGGGUGCAAGAAAACGAAGAGAAAUUGAUGGACUGUGGUCCUACACCUAGAAUAACUAGAACAACAUCCUCCCUUCCCCUGGGGAGCCUGGCUUACGCAUUUAGCCUUACCUUGACCUGUUAGAUGCUGUGUUUCCUGCCUGCUCCCACUAACCAGAGCUACAGAUGAGAUCUCUGGAGACCUCAGCGAUGAUCUUCUGGUCUGUCUGCCGGGGGAGCUGAGAAGAUAACCGUGCUCACCGCUCAGCGGGCUGCUGGUAACAGAGCUGCCAAGAACAAGUUAGCGUCUAGCGGAGGCGUUGCUGCAAAUCCUAUAGCACUGGGGGCCGGGGGAGGAUGAGACUGGCGCACACCGAGCGUGUGGAGCUCUUUAGGGGAGGGGUGGGAAUAAGCACGACGCCACUUCGCCUUGUCCUGUGACUUCACCUUGUCCCGUGCCUUGAAAAUCCGUUCCGUGUCUGGCUGGGGGGGGGAGAUGUGUACCUGUCGCCUCGUGUGAAGGCAGCGCUCCGUCCUCUCCCUGUAGCCAGAGCCAAACACGAGGGAGAAGGCUUCUGGUGGUGCUGGCAGCUGCUCCCCUUGCUCCCCAGCAAGGCUGUGAGGUCCCGCGUGUUCACCUCUUCGCAAGAGGCAAACGGCAGCUGCCCUUCUACCGACUGGAGCAGAGGAGGAAGGUAACAAACUGUGUACCCUUCCAGGAGAGCUUUGCACCACUCCUCGUAACUACUGAGACCGCGUUCAUCCCUGCUCCGUUGCUGCUGGAGUUCCAGUGCGUAAUCAAGACCUGAUUUCCUAAUUAAGACCUGAUUUUUAUGCGAAGCACUUAACUGAGCCAGCCAGACAACAGCCUGCCUUCCUCGCCACAACGCCCCGCUUGGAUUCCCAGCUGCCAGAUGAGCUGGGCUUUGCUCUGAGUUGGCCAGCCCACAGCCGUCCUGUUUGCUACAGCACCUCCUCAGAGGUGAACUAUUUAUUUAUUACUUUUAAUUUCCGGAAGGAGACUCGGCGUAACAGCUCUCCAACUAUCGGCGUGCAGAAAGGCAGUCUUCAGAGGGUGUUGCCACGUGGUGCACUGAGUCCCGAAGACCGAGCAAGCCCUUUGAGGCCCGCAGUUCUCAGAGUUUUUGUCGUAGAGCUUCAAUCCAACCAAAGCAAGCACAUUUGGAGGUCUCCUUUUUUUUUUUUCCCUUUCUCCACGGUUUUAUGCAAAGGCUUCGGUAAUUGAAGCCUUUGGUAAGUAGCUGAGGCUUGUCGCCGUGCCAUCCUGAGAGUGGUUUCAAAGCCCUGUUUGUAUAUCGUGGUUUUUGUACGACUUAAAAGCCUUAUUUAUUUCUCCUACUGUACAUAUGUAAAGUUUUAAAGAUUUUUGGUUCUGAGCAACACUUUUUAUAAGCCUUAAGACAAAAAACAAUAAAGAGUAAAGAUCCUUGAA